AUGCUGCGAAGACAAACUCUAGAUUUGUGUGAGAGGUCGCUGACAUCGGGUCUGGCAGCUCGAAGGGCUUUCCGCGCCUCCUGCACCCGGGACCAGAGUUCGACUUCCAGCUCUACACCUGGCGAGCACAAUCCUUCAACCUCCCCAUCUUCAAACGGAUCAUCGUCUGCUUUCCCAGAUUCUAGGGCUUCUGCUGGUGGGGAAGGAACGACGCAUUUUGGCUACCAGGAUGUGCCAUUGUCUUCCAAAGUGGAUUUGGUUAGGGGAGUCUUUAGCAGCGUAGCAUCUUCUUACGAUGUCAUGAACGAUGCCAUGUCAGUCGGCGUGCACAGGCUGUGGAAGGAUCACUUCGUGGCAGAUCUGAACCCUCGAGGCGGAAUCAAGUGCCUGGACGUCGCUGGCGGCACGGGAGAUAUCGGGUUGAGGUUAUUGGACCAUGCUAGAGAGAAACACUCGGACAGACAAACACAAGUUACCCUGCUCGAUAUCAAUCCCAGCAUGCUCCGAGCAGGGCAAAGGAGGCUAGCGAAGACAAUGUACUGGAACACCGAUCAGCUGCGCUUUGCUCUUGGGAACGCGGAGGAUCUCCGACUUCACCUCGACAGUCCGCCACCCAAAUCUCCUUUGUCCGCUUUCGCUGCAUCCCCUAACAAGCCCAAGUUACCGCCACUGGAGCACCUGCAGAUCGAGGACGAGAGCGUGGAUCUGUACACGAUUGCAUUCGGCAUCAGGAACUGCACGCAUAUCGACAAGGUACUGAAGGAGGCCCACAGGGUCUUGAAGCCCGGAGGCGUGUUCGCCUGUUUGGAGUUCGGAAAGGUUAAUGUGCCGGGUCUAAGCGAGUGAGUAGUGAAGCACGUGGCGUGUAUGCACCCAAGUCUGCAAAGCUGACAUUUGCACUCCUCGACUUCUUGCAUUAGCCUGUAUCGCGCCUACUCUCACGCCGUCUUGCCGUCGCUCGGUGCAGUCUUGGCCUCUGAUCGCGCGUCCUACCAGUACUUGGUGGAGUCCAUCGAGCGCUUUCCGACCCAGCCCGAUUUCGCUCGCAUGGUAGCACAAGCAGGCUUCCACCUUCCUGGAAGCCCUCAAGCGGAAAGGUGGGGACUCCCUGCCUAUCCCGAGCAGAGGAGCUGGGAUGGAGACGAGAGCGUCAACGGCGCUUGGGAGGACCUCAGCUUUGGUAUUGCUACGAUAUGGAAAGGUGAGUCGCACGACGACAGCAGCGCCGCCCUCCGCGUCUGGAGCUCCACUGAAUUAUUCUCGUGUUAUUCUCGUGGCUGGGUUGCACGCUUGGGACUGUGAAAAAUCGUCAGGGUAAGUGAACAGCGUUGGACCACAUGGCCAAUGGAUACGUGCUGACUGGGUAGCCCCACCGACCAUCGUCAGGAUGAAGCUGUGA